CCCCUUCCCUCCAAACCCGACUGCACGGCCACUAGGUACCUCCAUUCUUUCAAGACAUCGAUGGCACCUUCUGCUCGCCACGCAGCCGCCGCUAGCAUGCCUCUCUCCCUCAUCUUCUUCCUCGCAGCCAUCGCCUUAAACUUCUCGGGCCUGUCGUCCACUGCCUCCAACGCACAGGCAACAUCAUCCUCAUGCGCGAGCCACACCUUCUCGAGCAACCAGGUGUACGCCGCGUGCGCCGCCCUGCCGCGCCUCGGCACCACGCUGCACUACAACUACACGGCCGGCGCCGGCGCCGGCCACAACAACAGCACCGUGUCCGUCGCCUUCCGCGCGCCGUCGUCCAGCGGCGGGGGUUGGGUGGCGUGGGGGAUCAACCCGGAGGGCACCGGCAUGGUGGGCGCUCGGGCCGUGGUGGCGUUCCGGGGACCCGACGGCGGCGUCGUCGCGUACCCGACGCUGCUCGACAGCUACGCGCCGUCCAUGGCGCCCGCGGCCGCGGAGGAUGAGAUGGGGUUCUUAAUCUCGGACGUGGCGGCGGAGUACGCCGAGGGCGGGAAGGAGAUGGUGGUCUACGCGACGGUGGCGCUGCCGGCCGGUAAAGGGAGCGAGUUCAACCACGUCUGGCAGCGGGGGAGCUCCGUGGUGAAGGGCGUGCCGGCGGCGCAUCCCACCGCCGGGGAUAACAUCCUCUCCACGGGCACCAUCGAUUUCAGCAAGUGAUCCCCAGUACACUUGUUGGGCGCUAGCUGCUAGCUUGUUCCCGUCCGUAUCCGUACGUGCGUAUAUGCAUUUAUGUAUCUUUGGUUGUUUGCCUCGCGGUAUUCGUACAGCACUGUGCUCCCUGUACGGAGUGUUCGUAUCGUCUGUAAUUUGCUCGAUCGGCGCAGUGGAAUAUAGUGGAGUAUAUAUAUAUGUAUGUGUGUAUAUCAACAUAUGCAUGCCUUUGCUUGAUAAUUUGACAUUAUUAGUUUAAAAAAAA